AAGAGCCCCCCCCCCCACACCCAGUCGCACAGUCGGAGGGAAGAGGGGACAAGAAAACUAGGGCAAAGCUAAACUGACCCUCUUCCUUCAAACCACAGGCAGAGAUUUAACAGAUACAGAGAGAGAGUGUGAGAGGGUGUUGGCUGAGGAAGAGAAAAACACACUGGAAGACAGUUUGCCUGUGAAGAACUGAAGCCUUGGAGCAUACACCAUCGACACCCACUAGCCCAAACUCCCAAGAAGUCUGACUUCCGCGCAAGUCUGCCACCAUAAGUGAGGGCCUUGGUGCUAGUUGUUUUUUGUUCUUCUUCGGACAUCCUUGCUGUAAGAGACUCCGCAUACAGACUCCAGCAUGAACAAAGGCAUGAAGGUGAAGAUCACGUCCUUCAUGCUCCUGGUGGGCAUGGCCUCCAUGUUUACCGCGGUGGUGACGGACCACUGGGCCGUGCUGAGCCCGCCGUUUGAGCAGUUGAACACGACGUGCGAGGCGGCCCACUUUGGCCUCUGGAGGCUGUGUAAGAAGGUCAUCUACAUCAGUGAGAGGUUCAACAAUGGAAAGAGCUGUGGCCCCAUCAGCCUACCAGGAGUGGAGAACUGCACUUACUUCAAACACUUCACUCCAGGCGAAGAUGCAGAGAUUUUUGAAUUCAAAACCCAGAAAGAGUACAACAUCUCAGCAGCGGCCAUCGCCAUCUUCAGCCUGGCCUUUAUGAUCCUUGGCAGCUUGUGUCUCCUGUGCUCCUUCAAGAAGGGAAACGACUACAUCCUCAAACCUGCUGGAAUGUUCUUUACUUUUGCUGGCCUGUGUGCAAUCAUCGCGGUGGAGGUGAUGCGCCAGUCAGUGAACCGAAUGAUUGAGAGCGAGGAGACCAUCUGGGUCGAGUACUCCUAUGCCUGGUCUUUCGCCUGUGCCUGCGCCGGCUUCUGUCUCCUCUUCCUCGGUGGCCUCACCCUCCUCAUCCUCUCCAUGCCCCGGAUGCCCCAGAACCCCUGGGAGUCCUGCAUGGACGCGGAGCCCGAACCGGAGCAAUAAGACAACGAUCCACAUCCACUUUGUGCUGUAAUACAACCCAAAGACUCUUUUCACGUAGUGCCUAGGAGGAACCUGUCUUUGUUUGAGUAAUAAAAAACUGCUUGAUGGGCCUGGAGAAAUGCAAACCCUUCUCAAAUUCCUAGAUAGACUUAUAAAAGCGAGAACUUUUCAUCCAAUCACAGCAAAAUUAUAAUUGCAACCAUGUUUGGAGGCUGUACAGUGUUUGUUUACAUUUACACUGGUUUUACACGGGGAUAAAUACUCGUGAGGCACUUGAAAGUGGUAUUCUUCAGAAACAAAUGGGUGUUUAUAAAACAUUCAUGAGUUCAAAAAGGAUGUAGUAGCUAAGUCAAUCUGCAACACAAUUUCGAUAUCAAAAUAAAUGUGAGACUCGAAAGAAGUUACGUCACCAACAUUCGUUUGGGCGUUGACAUUCACAGUCAGUCUGUCCGUAUUCUUGAAAAUGUUUCUUCAGUAUUUCUAUCUGAAGGAUACAUGGUUCAAAGUGAUUGAAAUGUACAGAAGACCAUCAGACAAUAAUGUUUAAGGAUCUUCUGUGUAGAAAAGAUGAACCGAUGAUCAUAUUUUCCCCCAGUGUUAUUAAGAGACUGGUCUUGCCCUCUUAAGUCCUGCUUAGCUUGCAAGCACUGUAGUGGGAAACGGAAGACACGAGUGUCACAGAGAGUCAUCUUUUGGUGAUGGGGUCAUAAUAUUUUGUUGCUCAAACCUCAGAAGAUGGAGAUAUGUUUUAGGAAGUAAAUGCAUCUUCUGGAGGUUACUCCUGUAACCCUGGUUUUAAGAAUUAAGUGCAAAUUCUCAUGACCCAAAUUUCAAAGGAAGCAACUCCAACUGGGGUCCCAACCCCUACUUUGGAAAAUUCUGAACAAGGCAUUCUGCCUUUAAUUUGUACAUGGUAAUGGAUUGAACAGGUAAAUGAAUUCACUUCUUUAGAUGUUGGUAUGAUAUUCCUGUACAGAACCUAAUCCUUUUGUAAUUUAGAUGGCUCUCCAAUGUUUUUGAGUGCAUCAAGCACAUGCAAGAAAUCUGUAAAUAAUUAAUAAAAAAAAAGGUAACUAGGUAAGCUAGGACUUUUUUCCAAAUUGACGCCAAAUAGUUAAUUAAGAAUGUGAAAUCACAAUCACUAGAAUUUACUAGAAUACUUGUAAUUUAGAUCAUGUUAGAUUUAUAGUGGAAAGGUAUUUAUUUUCAGCUUCAAUGUUGAAAUUGACUUAUAUUUCAUAAUACAUGAAUAUUACAGGAAAUUGGAGAGGUUGAGGCUAAUCCUUUUGCUGCCUGAUGUGUUUAGUGUGCACACCAGGCAGAAUGCUAAACAUCCAGACUGACUCUGAGCCACUAAGGGCUCGGGUUGCCAUGUUGGAAAAGGUUCAGUUCUAGCAGGUGCACACGAAAAACUAACAAAACCCUGCUUUUUAGGGCUAAACAAACAUUGUUCCAAUUUCUUUGACAUUCAGUUUGUGGGACACUAAGCUCUCUUUUUUUUCAAUGAAGGCAGGUAUCUAUUUCAGUCGGGUUCUGAUUGAUCGAAUUUGAAA